AUGUCGGGCUCCAUAGCUCGAGCCAAAGAAGGUGCUCGAUCCGCCGCACAGAAAGUCGAAGCCGCAACGACAGAGGCUGUGCAAAAUCCAGCAGCAGCCAAGAAUGAUUUCCUACACCUUCCAGCUGUACGAGCUGCCUUGCCGUUCGUCAAUGGCGGUCUUGCCGGCAUGUUCGCGACCAUGUGCAUCCAGCCUAUCGAUAUGGUAAAAGUACGUAUUCAGCUUGCAGGAGAGGGCUCAAGAGGUGGGGUGAAGCCAUCACCUAUUGGUGUGGCACGGGACAUAAUCGCACAGGGCAAGGUCCUUGAUCUGUAUACAGGCUUAUCUGCAGGCUUGCUGAGACAGGCGGUGUACACAACUGCGAGACUGGGCUUCUUUGAUACGUUCCAGAACAUGUUGACUGCGAAGGCCGAAAAGACUGGGACAAGCGUGACAUUCCUCGAGCGCAGUGCCGCUGGUCUGACGGCCGGUGGUCUGGCUGCCAUGGUUGGUAAUCCAGCUGAUCUUGCGUUAAUCAGAAUGCAAUCCGACGGCAUGAGGCCGAGGGCUGAAAGAGCGAAUUACAGAUCCGUCUUUGACGCACUCAGUCGUAUCGCCAAGAGUGAAGGUAUUGGCGCACUUUGGGCAGGUGCUAGUCCAACAGUGAUUCGAGCCAUGGCUUUGAACUUCGGCCAGCUCACUUUCUUUGCAGAAAGCAAACAGCAACUCAAGGUUCGAGCACCGACGUUGUCAGAAGGUCAGCAAAGGUUUGGCGCAUCCGCAAUUGCUGGAUUCUUCGCAUCGUUCUUCUCGUUGCCAUUCGACUUCAUCAAGACGAGGUUGCAGAAGCAGUCGAGAGGUCCUGAUGGAAAAUACCCAUAUGCUGGAUUUAUGGAUUGUGCUAGAAAGGUAAUCAAAGAUGAAGGAUUGCUAAGGUUUUAUCGUGGAUUCGGAACUUACUACGUUCGAAUUGCGCCUCAUGCGUGA